UUCAAUAAACAUCGAUACAUUGAGGUAUAAUUUCCCAUCCCUAGCGUUGGUUUAAUUUGUUUGUGUCGGCGUCGGUUUGAAAUCCAAAUCAAUUCAUUUUCGUCCGCGCAUAACUGCUGCUGAAGUAAUUCCUGUGCUGAAAAAAACUCGAACAAAAGAGAGAUCGUGCAACACGUCGAACGAACCCAAGCAAUGUUGAGCAAGAUGGCUAGCAACACCACUGGAGGAGGUGGAGCUGGUUCCGGAGGCACCGGCCCGGGACGUCGUCUACCGCUCUCGCUGAGCGGCGGCACCAGUGUGUCCCGCCUGCAGCAGUCAUCCGGCAGCAACGGCCGCUCUAACAGCCCGCAGAAUGGAAACAAGAAGAUCACAGAGUCUUUUGUGCCUCUGAAAAAAACCACCCAACUGCGAAACUCUUCCACCAGCUCUUCCUCGUCGAACGGAUCCAGUCAGAAUGGCAAGUCUUCCAAUGGCAAGGAAAAGUCACAGAACGGUAGCUCUGCCAGCAAGGAACAGAAAUCCAAGGACAAGGUGCCGGAAAAGAAGGAGAAGGAGGUGGAGGUCGGCAAGAAGGAUAAGGAGGUGCUGGCUGACAAGAAGGACCAGGAGGUGUCCGACAGCAAAGAAAAGGUAGUUGACAACAAGGAAGUGGAGGCUCCAAAGGAGGACAAAGAAGUUCCUUCCGAAAAGAAGGAAGGCCAAGAGGAGACCCAGAAGGAAGCUACCGCUGAAAUUACCACGCCUGCUCCACAGCCAGAUGUUGUAGCCCUCGACAAUGUCGUUGAACCAGAUCUCAGCACGCCCACCAAGGAUCGCAAAUCCACUCGCAAGUCGGGCAGCCAACAAAAGUCUCCCAUCAGCAAAUCGAUCCCUGCUUCGCCAUCCGGGCACAAGGAAACAGAAUCCCAAAAGACAGAAACCGAAGCAGUUCCCUCUACAUCUGCUGGCUCUUUGACCCCACAGGAGGAUGUGGACAUGGAACCGCUCCAAGUGGAUGCCUCUCCGAUACGCAGCGUCCAUGGCAAUUUGAAUGCCCUCCCGACGGCCACAUCCACACCCGGACGCAGUCUUUUCAGCUUCCGCGGCAGCAGCAAGCAGGCCACCGAGGUAGAGCUGGCCGCCCAGCCCUCUGGCUCGCCGGCAGGAACUCCGGCGCGCACCUUUGCCCAGAUCAGUGGCAGGCGCAGCAUACGACCCAUCGACUCGCUGACACCCUCCAAAGUGGGAACAUAUAGGUGCGGCAACAGCGACCUGGACGCCUCGAGCUGCACAAACGCCAGCAUGAACGCCACCGUGGGAUCGGAGAUUCCCAACAGCUCGUCCUUCUCGUUCUCCUUCUUUGGCCGAGGUCGCAAGCGCGAGCGCACUCCCCCGCCACUUUCGGCGUCCCAGUCGACUAGUGAUCUGGGCCAGGACGUGGACAUGUCGCCGCCAAAGCGCGCACGUUUCGAUUUGUUCAGCCUGAACCUGGCCUCGCCCUUCAGCAUGCUGCGUUCGAGGUUCUCAAGGACUACAAUCAGUUCUCCCGCCCGCCUUCGCCUGGAUCUGAACGGUUCCGGCGUGGAAGAGCAACAGGCACACACAUCGUCGAGCAGCGUGCCGGAAGAGGUUGAGGUGGAGGAAGAGCAGCCCACCGAGGAUGUGACCGUGGGCCAGGAAGCCGGUCUGGAGACGCCCAAGAAGGGCUGCUCGCCCAGUAAGGAAAUCCCCGCCGAGAAGGAUGUCGAGGGCAAGAACGUCGAUGGCCAGGAAGUCGAUAAGGCAUCCGACGGGGAGAACGUUCCCCCCGUCGUCGAGGUCGCCGAUGUGGCCGGAGCCGAGGUCAAAUCGCGUUGCUCAAUUAUGUAAUAGGACAAACAAACCCUUCCCUUAGCUGAUAAGUUUAUGUUUCCUUUGUGAAAUUUAUGUUAGGACGUAAAGUUACAUGUUUAGAGGGAAAGCGUUGCCGCCACAGACAUUGAUAUCCAGGCUUGGAUGGGUUUUUUCAUUAUGAAAACCCUCACCAGGUCUAAGGACUUAACCAACAGGGCAGGGAUUCCUUGCUGAUUGGCUUCUCCAAGCGAAUUCGCUAGUCGCAGUCAAUUACCGACGAAUCGAAUGAUGGGUACCCAGAUGGGUACCCAGCCCGAACAAAUUCGUAUCAAUCAGUAUAAGACCUUUUAUAUGCAACCACAUAUUUGUGAAAGUCUGUAAUUUUGUUCGUUUCAAUCGAUUUUGUUUUAAAUAUCCAAAAGAUGAAACGCAAAAAGCUUUUUGAUUUGUAAAAAUGUAACGCAUAUUUCAUAAAUAAAGUACAUUUUAAAAGAAA